GCGGUGAUGGCUGAAGACGCGCGGCCCGUCGAUUGGGUUUUAGCGGGCAGUUUUCCCUCCCGAUUUGACGCAUGUAUUUCUGUAGAAAGGUGCACGAAGAGCCACGGCACUGACGCUCCAAUGGGUAGAAGGGGUGGAGGCGCGCGUGAUGUGUCUUUAAUUGACAAGAGGAUAAUGCGAGCGCGCAGGGUUCCUGUCUGACAGCCGCGCGCUCCGCGUCUCCUCUCCGAGCGGGUCCGGACUAAAUCACAACCCCAAAGCAACAGGAGGACGUUAAGAUUGUUGAGGCUGCAGCUGCGAUGUCACAGCUGUAUUACAGGAAAGCUGACAGUUCGUCAUACAGGGACUGCAUCCCUCUGCGCAUCGUGCGGGCGGAGUCGGAGCUCUCCACCCUUGAGAGGGCCUACCUGGGUGCUGUGGAGAAGGGGGACUAUGCCAGCGUGAAACAAGCCCUGGAGGAGGCUGAGAUCUACUUCAGGAUCAACAUCAACUGCGUCGACCCCCUGGGGCGCACAGCUCUGCUAAUUGCCAUCGAAAACGAGAACCUGGAGAUCAUCGACUUGCUGCUCAGCUAUAAUGUGCAUGUGGGUGAUGCCCUGCUACAUGCCAUCCGCAAAGAAGUGGUGGGGGCCGUGGAGCUGCUGCUCAACCACAAGAAGCCACGUGGAGAAAAACAGGUCCCACCAAUUCUACUGGACAAACAGUUUUCAGACUUCACCCCAGACAUCACUCCGAUCAUCCUAGCAGCCCACACCAACAAUUACCAGAUCAUCAAACUGCUUCUGCAGCGAGGUGUUUCCAUACCUCAGCCACAUGCUGUGCGCUGCAACUGUGUGGAGUGCAUUUCCGGCUCAGACGUGGACGGCCUGCGCCACUCGCGCUCCCGUCUUAACAUCUACAAGGCCCUCGCCAGCUCAUCCCUGAUCGCCCUCUCCAGCGAGGAUCCGUUCCUCACUGCGUUUCAACUCAGCUGGGAGCUGAAGGAGCUGAGCACAGUGGAGAAUGAGUUCAAGUCUGAGUACGAGGAACUCUCCCGAAUGUGUAAACAGUUUGCGAAGGACCUCUUGGACCAGACGCGGAGCUCUAAAGAGUUGGAAACAAUCCUCAACUAUCGCGAUGAUAUCAACCCUCUCCUGGAUGAGAUCACCAACGAUCUGGCCCGACUGAAGCUGGCCAUCAAAUAUUGCCAGAAGGAGUUUGUUGCUCAGCCCAACUGUCAGCAGCUGCUGGCAUCUCAGUGGUAUGACGAGUUCCCAGGCUGGAGGCGGCGUCACUGGGCAGGAAAACUCCUCACGUGUAUCUUCAUCGGCCUCCUCUUUCCACUUUUUUCCAUCUUCUACAUUAUCUCUCCGAAGAGCCGCUAUGGCUUAUUCAUCCGUAAGCCUUUCAUCAAGUUCAUCUGUCACACUGCUUCCUACCUGACCUUCCUCCUCCUGCUCCUGCUGGCCUCGCAGCAUAUAGCCACUGAACAAAAUGACUUUCAAGGCCCAGCACCCACCACUGUCGAAUGGCUGAUCCUGCCCUGGGUGCUUGGAUUUGUAUGGACUGAGAUCAAACAGAUGUGGGAUAGUGGUUUAGAAGACUACAUCGAUGACUGGUGGAACUUAAUGGAUUUCAUAAUGAACUCCUUGUAUCUUGCAACCAUUGCUCUGAAGAUUGUUGCCUAUGCAAAGUACAGGGGGCCCAAAUCCAGAAAGAGCUGGGAAAUGUGGCAUCCGACUUUGGUUGCAGAGGCAUUGUUUGCCAUUGCCAACAUCUUCAGCUCCUUGCGCCUCAUUUGCCUUUUCACAGCCAACUCCCACCUGGGCCCCUUACAGAUCUCACUGGGCCGCAUGCUGCUGGACAUCCUCAAGUUCCUCUUCAUAUACUGUCUGGUGCUUUUAGCCUUUGCUAAUGGCCUCAACCAACUCUACUUUUAUUAUGACACAAAUGAGGGCAGCAACUGCAAGGGUAUUCGUUGUAAGGACCAAAACAACGCCUUCUCAACGCUGUUUGAAACGCUGCAGUCAUUGUUUUGGUCUGUAUUUGGCCUGAUUUCCCUCUACGUGACCAACGUGGAACCACGUCAUGAAUUCACAGAGUUUGUGGGCAGCACCAUGUUUGGCACGUACAACGUCAUCUCCCUAGUGGUGCUUUUGAACAUGCUAAUUGCAAUGAUGAACAACUCCUACCAGCACAUUGCUGAUCAUGCAGAUAUAGAGUGGAAGUUUGCAAGAACUAAAUUAUGGAUGAGCUAUUUUGAAGAAGGGGGCACUCUGCCAUCUCCAUUCAAUAUAAUACCCAGUCCCAAGUCAAUUUAUUAUUCAUUCGGAUGGAUAUAUUCCCGUUUGUUUAAGAGAUCAAGUUUAAAAAGACUUGAAACCUUUGAAACGUUGGGGAGACGUGGGGCCGAAAAUGUAAGAUUAAACCAUGAGUAUCAGGAGGUUUUGAAGCACCUCAUGAAGCGCUACGUCGCAGCAAUGAUCAGAGAUGCCAAGACAGAAGAGGGACUAACAGAAGAGAAUUUCAAGGAGCUCAAGCAGGAUAUCUCCAGCUUCCGUUAUGAAGUCCUCGGAAUGAUGAAGGGAAAACCUCAAGGUGGGGUCACACCCAACAUCGCAAGCUCCAACUUGGCUUACCCCGGAAACUCAUUCAAGUAUUCUCCCAAAUUCCCCAUUGAUGAACCUCAACGGAAGCUGAGCAUGUUUGACAUGGUCGCCCCCACCCUGCAGAGUGUAGCUGGCACCACCACCAACACCACCACCACCACCACCACCUCUUUGGGCUCUAGCAAGCAAGCCCAGGCACAGUGUUCAGUUGUUAUUUCCUGCAUAGGUCAGACUCAGAAUGAGCUAAACAAAAAUGUCUCAGAUGCCGGGUUCCUUCGGGGAGGGAGAUUGGCUUCUCAGAAAUAUGAUGAAAUAUACUCAGAGGAAGAUCCUGCAACAUUUGGUGGACAAAACCCAGAACACCUUCAGACUGAUAGAGGGAUCGUUGAAGUCUUGCAGAAAGUGGACAAGACCGUUCAAGAGAUUGAACAUUCUUGCAAAGAGCACCUAAAGUUAAAAAUUGUCCAUUCCAAUUGAAAUUAAUUUCUUAUUUUAAUGAAAUGUUGGUAAUGUUUUAACACCGUUUGGGAACUACAAACCGUUUUGUAAAAGACGUUUAAUCUCACGAUUAAAAUUCGAACCAUAAUUUCAGUUAAAAUAAUCUUGUAUUCUGUAAUAUAUAUCGGAAUAAUGAUAACAUCUUAUCUCACAUUAUAAUACAUGCACUCUGAUGAUUGAGCAAAGUUACAGUUAACUAACCCUCAGUAAAGGCUGGAAUUUUAAAGCAAGUUUUUAAUUCCUAUUUUACCAAGAGCAUUUAUUUCCAAUGCGUCUUGACAACCUGCUGCCUGUUCUAUCCUCCUCCACCCUGGACAGUCUUUUGACUGUGAUAUGCAAAAUCAUCUGCUCUAGAGAAAUAAUAUUCACCAUAUACUAAUUGUAUAAUUUCUCCUCUACUAGGUUAAUGGAAGUGUAUUUCAAUUUAAUUCCAGAACAAAUUCUAUGUUGAACUUGAAUUGUACUGUGUACUGUCAACUUGCAAUGUAACACAUAGUUCAGAGCUUAGGGUCAGCUUCUCUUUUACUCCACUAUUCUCCUCCCUAAAAUGUUUAGGGUGAGAGAAACCGGUUUUGUUCAUAUUCUGUCGAUGAAACCGAAGACGCAUGCAAUGCUCUCCAAGUCAAAUUGGUUGAUAUCUGUAUUCCUUAUCAGUGUGUGCCAUAUACUAUAAAUUGCAGCUAUUUAUUUGUUACUUGUAACGAAAUGAAUCUGCAAAUAAAAAUGAAUAAAAAAUGAAAAAUGAAUGUUUUUUUAAAUUUAGAGUGUAUGUUAUGUUAAAUAUGUAUGUUACAUAUGUUUCCCCCCUUUCAAUAUACUGUACUUUAGCUAUUUAUAAAUAUGUACACAGCUAUC